UAAACGUUUGCAUUUCGUAUAUUAUUUAUUAAAUAUGCCGAAUUGGAAUCAAAUUCAAUCGCAAUUGCGCAGCUCAAACAAUCCCGUUGUCUUCUUCGACAUAGCCGUGGGCACAACCGAAAUUGGACGCAUGAUUUUUGAGUUAUUUGCUGACACUGUGCCACGAACGGCGGAAAACUUUCGACAAUUCUGCACGGGAGAAUAUAGACCGGAUGGCGUGCCAAUUGGCUACAAGGGUGCCAGUUUUCAUCGAGUCAUCAAGGAUUUCAUGAUACAAGGCGGCGACUUUGUGCAGGGCGAUGGCACCGGCGUCACCAGCAUUUAUGGCAACACAUUCUCCGACGAGAACUUUACGCUCAAGCACGACUCACCCGGCCUGCUGGCCAUGGCCAACAGUGGGCGGGACACGAACGGCUGCCAGUUCUUCAUCACGUGUGCGAGGUGUAACUUUCUAGAUGGGAAACAUGUUGUCUUUGGUCGCGUUCUGGAUGGACUUCUAAUCAUGCGCAAAAUUGAGAACGUGCCAACGGGACCGAAUAAUAAACCCAAACUGCCCGUUACAAUAUCACAAUGUGGCCAAAUGUAGCAUAAUUUUGUUGUAUAAUAAAUUUACAAUGCGAUUGCAACGAUCAA